AUGCAAGACACUUAUAUGGAGAAAAAGAAGUCAAACAAGGAAGUUGUCAAUUUUUCAUAUUCCUUCUUGACACAAACAGUUGACUGUAAAGAUAUUCAGUGUUGUUUAAACCCUGAAACUUAUUCCAGCUGGACAAAACUUGUUAGAGUUCAAGCAUGGGUCAAUCGCUUUCUACACAAUUGCAGACUGAAGAUCAAGGACAGACUUCCAGGAGAACUGAAUGCAGAAGAAAUUGAAGAGGCAGAAACUCAAAUCAUUAGGACUGCCCAGAAAUGCGAAUUUCAUUGUGAGUACAGAUUACUGAAACAAAACAAACCUCUCCAACAUAACAGCAAAUUAUUGUGUUUGAACCCAGUGAUUGAUGAAGACGGACUUUUGAGAUGUGAUGGACGAUUGAAAUAUGCAGAAUUCUUACCUUAUCAUGUCAGGUAUCCUAUCAUUCUUCCUCGAAACAAUUGUGUCACAACUCUCAUCAUCAAGUACUACCAUGAAAAAGGAAAACAUGUAACGGGAACAGAUCAUACUCUAUCUAUGAUUUCGUCACGUUUUUGGAUAAUAUCCGCAAGAGAGGAAAUUCGGAAAUGGGAGCGACAGUGCAAUAAAUGUUGUCGCAACAAGGCCAAACCAGCAGAGCAACUGAUGGGUCCUCUUCCAUCAAUUCGCACCAAACAACCAUUGCAUGCAUUUUCUCGUACUGCAGUAGAUUACGGAGGACCUUUUAUUACAAAACAAGGACGAGGAAAACGACGAGAGAAAAGAUACUUGUGUCUUUUUACGUGUGUGAUGUCAAGGGCAGUGCACCUGGAGAUAGCCUUUGGACUUGACACAGAUUCAUUCCUUAACGCAUUUUACCGAAUGGUGAGCAGAAGAGGCCUACCAAAAGAAGUUAUAUCUGAUAAUGGAACUAAUUUUGUCGGAGGCAACAAUGAACUCAUAGAACUUGUUGGUUUAUUGGACCACAGGAAAAUUCAACAGUCUACAGCAAACCUUGGAGUCAUGUGGCACUUUAAUCCGCCACUUGCACCUCACUUUGGAGGAGUCCAUGAAAUAAUGAUUAAAGCAGCAAAGAGAGCUAUCUAUGCAGUGAUCGGAUCGGCAGAUGUUACAGAUGAAGAACUCAUGACGGCGUUUGUGGGAGCUGAGGCGUUGAUCAAUUCCAGACCCUUAACUUACCAAUCAGCAAACCCUAACGAUGAUGUUCCAUUGACACCAAACCAUUUCCUGCAUGGGCAGGUUAGAGGUCAGUUUGCACCAGAAACUGUAGACACUACAGAGUUCAACCCACGGAAACGUUGGAGAAGAAUACAGGAGCUUGUACGACACUUCUGGCACCGAUGGAUGCGUGAGUGGUUACCAGGAUUGAAUGUGCGUAAAAAUGGACUCAAACUCGCAGAGAUAUAUGUAAAGGUGACAUUGUGCUUGUCAUUGAACCUAAUGUACCGGGGGGACAUUGGCAACUAG